AUGGUACUCAAAUGUCCAGGUUGUGAUCGUGAAAUAAAAACUGGUAAAACCAGAGAUCUAAACAAGCAUAUAAAUUUAACUGGAAACCUUCGUAAGGGACAAUGUCAAGCAUAUUUGCGUUUAAUGCAAAAUCCAGCUCCAAUGCAAAAUGCACUAACCCCAGAGGGCGAUCUUAUUUCAUUCGAUGAAAACCCAUCAACAUUCCGGAAACAGAUCCAGAAGCUAUCGAAACCAGUACCCAAGACAUGGGAAGAAUGGUUUGAUCUAAUGGAAAAAAUAAAGCCAAAAGUGCUAUCAACACUUGAUAAUGAUGAUAGUGAACUUAGUGAUUCAGAAUAUGAUACAACCGAUGAAGAUCCAGAUAUCUAUUUUGAAAAAAUUAAUGAUCCCUAUAUUAAUAGGAUAACAGAAACUGAAAAAUUUAAUGAAGGUGAGGUAUGUGAUUACUAUGCAUUCGUGCCAAAAGGAUACUAUGCCAAAAAUGAGCCAUUAGGUUUCUUUGAAUCGAUCGAAGAAAAAAUUGAAUCAGGAUGGACAUUUAUUCGAGCAGAAGUAGUAUUUCUUGAAAUUAGUGCUUUUAGACCUCUACGAGGAAGUAGUUGGUUACCACUUCCAGAGACUUUAGAUAAAUCACAACUAGGAUUAAUUAAUCCACAAAGUUUCAAUGAUAAUGAAUGUUUUAGAGAUUGUGUUUCAAUGUAUCAUGCAAGAGAAGAAGCAAUAAAAAUGGGACAGAACCUACACAUCUUGAACGCCUUUGGAAAAAUAAAAGUAGAAAUCGAUCCACUUAGAAUAUCAGAACGAAAUUAUCAAGUCGAGCAUAUGAUAGAUUUAUUAUACUUAACAGAAGAUGAGGAAAGUUUAAAUGAUCGAAAAAAUCCUAAUGAUAUACCAGAAGGGCUUAAAACACAUUAUGUACUUAUAACAGAUUUUACACGGUUAAUGCAUAAGUGGAAUAAUCAUCAUGGAAAAAAAUACUUUUGCCGAAAAUGUUUACGAUUUCCAUAUAGUAGAUUAGAUUUAUUAGAGAAGCAUAUUCCUACAUGUCCAGGACCAAGUAAAGCUUCACAACAAGCAAAAGAGAUUGAGAUAGAGAAAAAAGAUAAUGAAGGAAAUACUAUAAAAGUAGCAGAACAAAUAGCAAUUUCAUAUGGAUAUACAUUACACUGUUCAGAUGGAAAAACGCAAAAACCAGUCAUUAAUCUUCCAUGUGAAAAAAUGACACCAAAAUUAUGGAGGCAAUAUCAAAUGGCGAGUAAGUGUUGGAUAUGUGAAGAAAAAUCACAUGAAACAGGAUACAAUAAAAUUCGAGUGUUUGAUCCAGAAACUAAAAAAUAUUUAGGAGCUUCACAUAGAAAAUGUCACGGAAAAAAAGCAUUGAUUCGAGGUAUACUAGAUGAUGAACAAAAGAAAGCGCAUGAUGCGUGUAAAAAAUGUAUGUAUUGUAAAACAAUAUUACCAGAUGAAGGAAAAAAUAAGGUAUUAGAUCACGAUCAUAUUACAGGAAAAUUUCGUGGACCAGCACACAAUAGUUGCAAUCUUAAAUUACGAAUUGAUCCAGAAACAAUAAAAAUCCCGGUAUUAUUUUGUAAUGGAAGUGGCUACGAUUUUCAUCAUCUUUUGCAAGAAAUAGCAAAAGCAACGAAUGAAAAAAUAGUACAUAUAGCAAAUAAUUCUGAGCAGUAUAUUACUUUCUCAGUUGGUCAACUUCAAUUUAUUGAUAGCAUAAAGUUUUCCUUACCAGGUUUAGCCAAGAUGGCUGAAAAUUUACGUGAUGAAAAGAAGGGUCAGAAUAAAACACCAGAACAACUUGCCAAAUGCUUCCCUAUUAUGUCAAAAUUCAUCUCACCUCAUGGAUAUAAUUAUUGCGAGCAUAAAUGUGAGAAUAAAGAAUGUGAACACGAGAAAAUUUAUACCAUAUCUCAAAAGGAUUAUGACUUUGCCUGGACGGUUUGGCGAGAAACAGAAUGCAAGACUUUUGGAGAUUAUCAUGAUAUCUAUCUUAAGGCUGAUGUGUUGAUUUUAACAGAUGCAUUUGAGGCAUUCCGAAAAGCUUCAUAUUCAGCAUUCAAGCUUGAUCCAGCAAAUUAUUUAACAGCACCGGGUCUAGGGGUACGAUGGAAAAAAUGGUUACUCUAUUUGGACGCCAAUAAUCUCUAUGGUUGGGCAAUGUCUCAAUAUUUACCAACCGGAGGAUUUAAAUGGCUAUCAACAAAACCUUUGAAUGCAUCUCACCCUUUAGUGCAGAAAAUUUUAUCUUUAAAAGAAAAAUCAAUUCAAGGAUGUUGUUUAGAGGUUAAGUUAACAAUACCAAAAGGAUUACACCCCAAAUUUCGUGAUUAUCCAAUGUGCCCUGAACGAAAGAAUGUACCAUAUGAUUGGUAUAGUUCAAAACAAAAAGAAUGGGCAAAUAAUAAACGUUGUGAUACAGAAAAACUUAUAUUAACUCUUCAAGAUAAAGAUAACUAUGUUAUUCAUUAUCGAAAUUUACAACAAUGUAUAAAAGAGGGGUAUGUUCUCGAAAAAGUAUAUCGAGUUCUAGGUUUUGAGCAAUCUCCAUGGUUGGAACCAUAUAUAGCAAUGAAUACCCAACGACGAGCAAAAGCAAAAAAUGCGUUCGAAAAAGAUUUCUGGAAAUUGAUGAACAACUCAGUUUUCGGAAAAACUAUGGAAGACGUUAGAAAACGGGUAGGGGAAGAACGUAGAUUACGCAGAUUAUUAUCAGAUCCAGCUUUCACGAGUCGUAAAAUUUUCUAUGGGUCUAAUCUAGUAGCUGUACAUCGAAGACAGACCAACGUAAAGCUUAACAAACCCGAAUAUGUUGGUGCUUGUAUUCUUGAUCUAUCGAAAUUCUUUAUGUAUGACUUCUGUGACUAUCCUAAAGAUCAUUGGGUAGUAAAGAAUCUUCCAGAAGAUCAAUGGAUAAUCAAUGAUGAAGGUAAGCGUGUAUUAAAAAAUACUAAAGUUAUAGGUAAGUGGAAGGAUGAAAAUGGAGGAGAUCGAGCUACAGAUUAUGCAGGAGUUCGUGCAAAAUGUUAUAGUGUUGUGUGUGAAAAUUCACGAAAAGAUAUGAUAAAGGCAAAAGGCCUUAAAAAAUCACUUAUCAAGAGAGAGCUCACACAUAAAAUAUUCAAGGACUGUGCUUUGGAAGGAAAAGAGGAUCAACCUCGAACAGCGCAAUUUCUCCGAAGUUACAGACACCAAAUGUAUAGGAUAACGCAAACAAAAAGAAGUGUUAAUCCACUAGAUACGAAAUUGUGGAUUGCCCAUGAUGGAGUCACAACUUAUCUAUAUGGAGAUUGUGAAAUUCCUGAAGAAUAA